UCCAGCAUCACCAUCUGCCUUAGCAUUGGCCAUAUGAAACAAAAGCUAGGGUCUCAUCAGAGACCCAGCUUAAGCCAAUUUUGUUAGAUCUAGAGAGAGAGAGAGAGAGAGAGAGAGGACAGAAAGUUUGAUCAAGAAGAUCAUAUAUGGCCAUGUCUGGAUUCCAGCAUUCAUUACUUUUUACGUUUGGUGUCUUAGGUAACAUUAUUUCAGUCUUCGUGUACCUAGCUCCAUUGCCAACAUUCAUCGAAAUACACAGAAGAAAAUCAACCUUAGGAUUCCAAUCUCUACCAUAUGUGUGCGCCUUGUUCAGCGCCAUGCUGUGGAUGUACUACGCCUUGCUCGGAUCAGAUGCAAUUCUUCUCAUCUCCAUCAACUCAUUCGGAUGCAUCAUAGAGACUAUUUAUCUGAUCAUAUACCUUGGUUACGCUCCAAAAAAGGCCAGGAACCAUACUUUCAAGCUACUUGCUUCUCUGAACGCGGGAGUCUUCUCUGGGAUCCUUCUCCUUACGCUCUUUCUGGUUAAAGGCUCUAACCGGGUUCUAGUUGUUGGGUGGUCUUGUGCUACAAUCUCUGUCGGCACUUUCGCGGCACCAUUAAGCAUUGUGUUUCAGGUUGUUCGAACUCGCAGUGUGGAGUUCAUGCCAUUUACCUUGUCUUUCUUCCUCACUCUGAGCGCGGUUAUGUGGUUUGUUUAUGGCCUACUGCGGAAGGAUUUGUUUGUUGAGCUCCCAAACGUAGUGGGUUUCUUCUUGGGGCUGCUUCAGAUGCUGCUAUACGGGAUAUACAGGAAUACAAAGGCAGUCGAACUAAGGGAUGAAAAGCUACCAGAAAACACGAUCAAUGUGGUCAUAUUGGCAAAUUCUGAAGUGCAUCCUAUUGAUGGUGGAAAUGAUAAAGGUGUGACAAAAGAUGAGAAGGAGAUGCAUGAAGCAACAGAUCAUAGUCAAGAGAAUAUAAUUGUGAUUUUAGCCUCUGAUGAAUCUGGGGAACCAAAUGCGCAGCCUGUGGCUUGAUCGAUCUGAUCAUUCACUCAUCUAGUUAUGCUUUUGUUGUCUUCUCUCUCGCCGACCCCAAGAAAUUCCUCACGGUUUGGGGCUUUUUUUUCUCCCCAAUAUAUAUAUAUAUAUAUAUAUGCAGUC